AUCCCGGAGGCAGGCAGAGGAGAGCAAAGUGAGGAGGAGCUACAGGGACCGGAGGAGGGGGAAGCAGAACCGGGCCAGCCAGGUCCCGGCUCGGCUUCGAUCCGGCUCCAAAUGCCUGCAAAGGGGGGACCUGCGCUCAUCCAGGCGCCCACCUGGGGAAAGAGGAUGCAGCCCUGGGUCUGAAGCUUCCCCGAGCCAGAACCUUAUCCCGAACCCUCCCGCAGUCCCCUCGUCCCACCCGGCAUGGCUGCUCCCCGUAGCUCCCUGACCCUCUAAUAACCCCCUCCCUCCCCGGGCGCAUUUUUCCUCCUCCCGGUUCGGACCCGGGUCUGCUGGCCGGAGGAUGGACGAAGAUGGACCGAGAGCAGCCGAGGAGCAGGACCCAGAGCCGGGCAAAUCCAAGACUUUCAUCCGCCUUAAUGACCUGUCCGGGAAUGGAGGUCGCUCGGGUGCAGGGGACAAGGACGCAGGAAGUGGGGACUCGGAGGUGGAGGGGCUCCCCUACCCGGCUCUGGCCCCGGUCGUCUUCUUUUAUCUGAACCAGGAGAGCAGACCGAGGAGCUGGUGCCUCCGGGUGGUGUGCAACCCAUAUCCUUUGCAAGCUGGCAGGUGGCACUGCCAAGGAAAUCCGGAACAAGGAUUCCCACAAGAUGCAAGUAAGACAGAAUCUCCAGAGACCUGGUUUUAAUUUGGGAAAAGAGUAAGAGGAAUUCCUGGAGUGUGAUCCCUCGCCUGAUUCUCGGAACCCCUUGCUCCUAGUCCUGCCUCUUGUUGGUCCUGUCGACACGGAAGGAAUUUGCACUGAUGUAACUUACUGGCAUGGACCCUGCUUUAAAUCAGUGCAGUACCUCGGCAUCGCUGGAGUUAUUAUACUGGUGCAACAUCUCUAAUGUAGACAGGGCCUUAGCUGCUCAGUCUUAGAUGCCCUUGUGCUCACUCCCAUCCAUACAUGUAAUCCGCAUAGAGACGUUCUUCCUAGAGCACUUAGCACUGUGCAGAUUGCGUGUGUGUUUCUGUUAAACACAGUCACAUGCUCCAGGGGCGUGUGGACAGAGCGAAUGCUAUUGCUGACAUUCUGCUGGGAGUGAAGUAAGCUGAAUGUUCUGAAAUGUUACAGUGCGUCGCAAUGUACAAAUUGCACUUUUUAUUUCUGAUUGAAUUAUUUGUAUUGUUUGAGUACCCAGACGGCCGGAGCCAGGAUUCAAGGCCCCACAAUGGCUCUCUGCAAGAAUGAAGUUUUUUGAGAAGUGGGGAGGGAAAGGAGCUUGAUUAUAAAAGGGUUCUUCUAUAUGUGUGUGGUAGGGAUUCAGAAGAGCUGCCACAUUUCAGUGAUAGGAGAGAAAGGGUGUGCGUAUAACUACGCACGCACACUCCUCAUUCUCCAUAGAAAUGGAGCAGCUGCUCUGUAGCAGCAAGGCUGUAGACAAGGUUUUUGUGGUUUCCUUAGGAGUGGGAAUGAAGAAUAGUCUCCAAAUGACACUUCAGGGGGAUCUUAGAGAGGCAGAUUGUAAUUAACCAAGUUGGAAUUUGGCCAAGCCACUGAAAGUCACACCCCAUAGUCCUUUCUGCGCAGGACAAGCCACCAUGUUUAGCAAGCGAGCCGCUGCAGAAUGUAAACAUGCCUGUGACCCAGGAUGGCUCUUUUAGAUGGAGCUGAUUUGUUCUAAGCAGGUUUCAAAUCCAUGUUUUAUGCUGAUUGGCCAAACCUGUCUCUGUUGUAUUUAAACAGUGCUUCGGCAGGUUUGGUUGUUAGAAAUGGUUGGGAAAA